ACUCAUUGGAGGAGCAAAGAUGGCAGCAAAUGUAUUCCGAGUCAUUCUCCAUGACUGGAAGACUUGCGUGCGGUGGAGCUACGGGCGACGGCAGCUGAGCCAGACCCAGGGGCCUCCUGAUAACCCCAGCUUUGUGGAAUCUGUGGAUGAAUACCAGUUUGUGGAGCGCCUGCUCCCCCCUACCAAAAUCCCAGAGCCACCAAAACAUAAACAUUAUCCCACUCCUAGUGGUUGGCAGCCUCCCAGAGAUCCCCUUCCCAGCUUGCCCUACUUUGUUCGUCGCUCUCGGAUGCACAACAUCCCUGUCUAUAAGGAGAUCACACAUGGCAACCGACAGAUGACCUUAAUUCGCAAGGUAGAAGGUGACAUCUGGGCUCUACAGAAGGAUGUGGAAGAAUUUUUGAGCCCAUUGCUGGGAAAGACGCCUGUCACCCAGGUUAAUGAGGUGACAGGUACUCUUCGAAUCAAGGGCUACUUUGAUGAGCAACUUAAAGCCUGGCUUCUUGAGAAAGGCUUCUGAGGCCUGAUGGUCAGCCCAUGUGGCAGUGCUCUCCACAGACUGGCAUCCAGAGAGGAAGUGGACUUGGAAUCUCUGGAAUGGGACACAAAGAACAGAAUUUAUUCUUAGGAUGAAAGGGCUUUGAGAUAAGGCCUUGCUUUCGUCAAGGGGGAGUAGACCGGUAUGUAUAGGUAUCCACUUGAAAGCUGUCCAACACAGGAGGCCACAGCAACCAUCAGGCUAACAAGGCAGACAUGACUGCUGUACAGACAAUCUCUUGUGCAUUCUGUGGAAGCAUCACCUGUCAAUAAAAAGCUAAUGGCCAGUGAGCUAGAGGCAGGAUUAGAUUGUGGGAAAUUGGACAGGGAACUCUAGAUGGGAAGCAAGAUGUAUGAAACUGAAAGGUAACUAACCAGCCAUGUGGCAGACAUAGAAUAGUUUUAAUGGGUUAAAUGAGUUGUGAACUAGUGGGAACAAGCCUUGUUUAAGGCCUAACAAUGAGCCCGUCAGUCAUAAUUCAGGAACUAAGACACCAGUGGAAAAGCCUGAGAUUACAAACUGCCGUGCCUUUAUAAACUGGCACACAUUUCUUUAUGUCAGCCAUUCUGGAAGCAGCCACCCAACCCUGUUCUGGGGGCUUCACAGGGUAGACCCCUCAGAGAAUCCAUCCUUGGCCUGGAGCUUUUGCUAUAGAUGGGGCAUGGUGGAGGCUAUGGAGAACAGAUGACACAGUGCAGGACAAUGACGUGGACUGGAGUGGAUGAGACAGACAAAAUGUCUUAGGUACUAAGUGCUGUACUAGGUAGGGUUGGGGAAUCACCCUGUGACCUGGAAUCAACUAUGUAAGUGUUUGAAGACAAAAUGCAGACCUUCCACUUCUGGCACUCCCCCCACAAGUCAUAUGUCUAACCCACCAUUAAACUGGAUAAACAAUGUUAAACAGUGUUCAUACAUAGUGCCUGGCUACCCUGUCUGACCUCAGACCUAAGGUAGAGAGGUACCAACCUCCCAGUGCUCUCUAGUUGAAUGAUUUCAGCAUCCUAAUCCCAGAAACCGCAGGCUAUUCCUAAGUCUAUAGACUGAGCAAGUAAAAGGAGCUCAGCCCUGAUCCUAGGUGACAAGUUCCACCAGUCAUUAAUGCAAGGUUUUAUUUAGCUGUAUAUACAAUUUAAGCUAUUAAAAUUUAUACAAUAUUUACAAA